ACUACCGUGCAGUUGGGCAGUGACUGUCAGGUAGGUUACUAGGUAUAUGGUACAAAGUCGGUGAGUGAUUGCAGCCUUCUAACAGACAAAGCAUGUCAGGAAAAAGCAACCCCACGACCAUCUCGUGAUCACUCUCCCAAAAGUUUCUUUCCGGACUGUUGUUGGUCUAGCAUCUUAUCCAGUCCGCUACCCCUCUCGUCAUCGUCUGCCCUGGCUGGCUGGCUCACGACAUCGUGGAAAUUUACCUGACUUGAUACGCUACGCUACGCGACGAUGACUUCUGCCAUCCGGCUCGUCAUCCAGUUCCUGCUGGCCGAUCUUCUCGCCCACGUGCUGUAUAGUUACUAUUUCCACCCUCUGGCGCGGUAUCCGGGACCCUUUCUGGCGCAUUUCACGAAUAUCUGGAAAUUCGCCAGCUUCCUCCGCGGCCAGCACCAUCUCACCGAAGAGAAACUGCACCAGCGCUACGGCCCGAUCGUCCGGGUCGCCCCGAACUGGCUCUCGUUCUCGCAGCUCCCAGCCUUCGAGGCCAUCUACGGGUUCCACAAAGCGAUCGAGAAGGACGACUUCUACACGUUCGGGGAGGGGCGCCGCCGCCGCCCCCAGCGCGACGUCAGCGUCUUCGCCGCGCAGUCGAACCUCGUCCACCGCCAGAAGCGCCGGAGGAUGCUGGGGCCGGCGCUGACGCGCGCCCAGAUCCGGCGCUACGAGCCGGUGAUCGCGAGGCAUGUCGCCGUGUUGGUUGGGCGGUUGGAGGAGGAGGUGGUGGCACGGCUGGAGCAGGAACGGGAACGGGAACAGGAACAAGUUGGACUUUUGGGAGAACUGACCGUGACCGUGAACGUGGCCCCGCUCGUCCAUCGCUUCACCCUGGACGUGAUGCUGGACAUCCUCUUUGGGCCGGCGGUGGGUCCGCACCCUUACACGGACAACGAUGUCGCGGGCAACCUCGGCGCGAGCAUUCGCUACGUGAGCAAGAUGGUCUGGAGUUACUCGCUUUGGCCGCUGUUCGGGUGGCUGAUGAAUACCCGUCUGGCGGUGGCGUGUCUGCGCCGGCCGAGGUAUAAUGCCGAAGGCGCGAUGGUUGGGUUGAACGGGCUCCUGCAUCGUGGUGCGGCGGCGAUUUUGAUGGGUCCGGAGGUCUUUGCCGGGGAGGGGGAUUCGCAGCCCGGGAUUGUGAAGAGCUGGCUGCUGGGGGGGUUGGGUUCGUCGGCGAAUGGUGUUGCAGAUCAUCAUCAUCAUCAUCAUCAUCAUCAUCAUCAGAAGAUGACGCCGGCUGAGGCCGUGUCGGAGGCCUUCAAUUUGGUGUUUGCGGGCCCCGGCAGCAUGGCGGCCGCGUUGACGGCCAUUCUCUACCAGUUGGGCCUUCCGGAGGGUCACAUCUGGCAGGAGAAGCUGCGCGCUGGCGUGGAGGGUGAGGCCCUUGAGGGCUCAACCUCGACGGAUGCUUCUUCGCUGCCGUUGUCGUCGUCGUCGCUCGAGUUACAAGCCGUCAUCAAGGAGACCCUGCGCUUCCGCGCACCCUUUCCGACGGCGUUCCCGCGAGUGAUCAGGUCGGGUGCGGAGAUGGCCAUCCCGGGCCUGUCCCAUCCCCUACCCGCUGGCACGACGGUCUCGGCCAGCACGUAUGUGCUGGGUCGGUCGCGGGAGAUCUGGGGCGAUGAUGCCGACCGAUGGGUGCCGCAGCGCUGGUUGGGUUCGGGGAGCAGCGACGACGACGAAGAAUCGCGCCGGCAACUGGACCGCCGGUUCGUCGCGUUCAGCAGAGGGCCCCGGGGCUGCAGUGGACGCGAUCUGGCGUCGCUUAUUCUUGCCAAGGCUUUAGUCGACGGUGGUGACUCAGAUAGGACUACAACAAUGCUGUCCGGCGGCGCUCUGCCCCAGACUCUGGGUUCGAUCACCGCGACCAAAAUCAACGAACUCUCAAAGCAGCGCAAUUUGUUCGAGCAACGAAGGAAAGAGAUCGCAAAGGCCGCUGAAGACGCCCCCGAUCUCCGAACCAAAACCCGAAUUCUGUUGGAAGGGGUGACCAGACUCAAGGGCUAUCCGAACAUCGCUACCGACCGUCACGAUCUGGACGCAGACCACUCCGCAGGCGGAGACACUUUCGUGAAAGACCUGUCCGAGGGCGCGGAGUACGCCAAUAUCCGACGCUUUCUCCUCCAGAGCCAGUAUGACCCGUCCGUCUCGGAGCGCAGCCUCAAGGGCUGGAUCGCCAAGUUGGAAAAGGAGCUUCAGUUUCUGCAGCUCCGUCACGAGCAUGCCUCCUUCUACAGUGAUCUGGUGACAGAAUGGCUGGGCGACCUCAACGCCGGGGAGUCCGCCGCUCCGAGUGCAGCCGGCGCCGACGCUGGUGCCGACGAGAACAAUGCGAGCUUCGAGAAGGUCGGGCGCGCAGAGAUGCACGAACAGCGCGCCAAGUGGGAGUCCCUGGUCUUCACCGAGGCGGACAUCGACGCAGCGGCAAUCCGCACGUACCUGGACGGCAUCUUCGAGACAUCGACGCAAACCCAGCAGGCGUUGAAGGGGCUCCGCGACAAGAUCCGGUCCUUCGGCACCGAGUUCGCGUCCAAGAAGACCUGGUUCAAAGCGAAGGAUCUCGCCUGGAUCUCCAAGUCCCUGCUGAGCUCGGACCUGCUCACCAAGGAGAAGACGGCCAUCCUGAAGGAGUUCAUGCGCAACGACGCCGUCGCACAGGAAGUCGCCGACGUGCUCAACAUGCGCCUCGGCGCCUUGGACACCUGGGCCUGGUCCGGGGAGGGGAUCCCCGUUGAGAUGCGCCGGCAGCUGAACGGCAAGUACCGCGUAUUUAUGGAUGAGGAUCUGCUGGACAGCCUCAUGUUUCAGUACCUUGGCGUGCGGUGGGCGGUGGCUCUGCGAUCGGCCCUCGAGGAGUUCCUGGGAUCUCCGGCCUGGAAGUCGCUGCGCGAUGAGGUCUCGGAGGAGGAAGUCGUGCGGCGGUCGCGAUUCAGGAGGGAGUCGGUGAGCCGGAGCUCCGGGGUCCAGUCGGUCCACGCCUUACGGAAGAACACGUUCAAGGAGGAGUACUUCAUGACCUCGUUGCCCAGCUCGGUGAACGAUACGUCCGACCCCUACGCCGAGGAGGAAGCCGACGACGAUGACGAUGAGGAAGCGAAGAAGAAAAAGAACGGCAUGGAGAUCAAGCAUUCGCUGCUCCAUCUCCUCAUCACCGAGUCCCUAGUCUACACCUCCCUGCAUGGAGAAUUCACGGCCAUCCGGUCGGACUUUGAAUAUUUCGGACCCUCGCUCGCCCACACCACCAUCUCUACGGUGCUGGAAUACUUUGGAGUCCCGCAGACCUGGCUGCACUUCUUCGACACCUUCCUCAAGGCCCCCAUCUCGUUUGUCCAGGACGGCCCCACGGCCUCCGUGUCGGUCCGCCGACGCGGGGUGCCCAUGAGCCAUGCGCUGUCGGAUUUCUUUGGCGAAGCGGUGCUGUUCUGCAUGGACUUUGCUGUGAACCAGAGCACGGACGGCGGCUACCUGUACCGGCUCCACGAUGACUUCUGGUUCUGGGGUCACGAAGACACCUGCGUCCAGGCGUGGCAGACGAUGACCACCUUCGCCGGGGUGAUGGGUCUCCGAUUCAACGAGGAGAAGACCGGAACGACCAAGUUUGUUGCCAAGGACACGGUGCCACGGCCUCAUGGACAACCACCAGCCCGCAAGGAGACGACCAGCGCGUCGCCCAGCGCUCUGCUGCCCCAAGGGGACAUCCGCUGGGGCUUCCUCAAGCUCGACCCGGAGGAAGGGCGCUUCAUCAUCGACCAGGCGCAGGUGGACAGCCACAUCGACGAGCUCCAGCGGCAGCUUUCGUCCUGCAAGAGCAUCUUCGCCUGGGUCCAGGCCUGGAACAGCUACUUCGGGCGCUUCUUCGCCAACAACUUCGCCACGCCGGCCAUGUGCUUCGGCCGCCGCCACAUCGACAUGGCCAUCACGACCCUCAACCGCAUCGAGCGGACCCUGUUCCCCGACAAUGCCAGCGGCGUCACCGACUACCUGCGCCAGGAGAUCGCCCACCGGUUCAAGAACACGGAAGACCUCCCCGAGGGCUUCUUCUACUUCCCCGUCGAAUUGGGGGGUAUCGAGCUGCUGAACCCCUACAUCCCCUUCCUCGCCAUGCGCGAGAACAUCAAGCAGAGCCCCGCCGCGCGGCUGCGCACGGCCUUCGUCGAGGACGAGGCCGAGUACCUGGAGGUCAAGGAGCGCUUCGUGAACGACGGGCCCGCUCUGGUGGGUGGUUCCAGCUGGAGCAACUACGGAGGAGCAGAUUCAUCCGAGGUCCCCUCGUCCUCCUCCGCCCUCGCGCUGGCAGAGUACACGCGGUAUCCCGAGACCUACAGCCGGCCGCUGCUGCGGGCGUACGAGGACCUGAUCCGCGUGCCGGAGGAGGAGAGCGUGGACCAGACGGCGCACUUCCAGCGCCAUCAGAUGGUGUUGGACGAAGGGAUCGAGGAGGCGGCGAGCAAGCGCAAGAUCAUCUCGGGCGAGUGGUGGGCCAUGUCGGCGUACUGGCGGUGGGUGGCGGAGCUGUACCACGAGGAUAUGACCGACCGCUAUGGGAACCUGGCCGCCGUCAGCCGCGAGUACAUGCCUUUGGGGGUGAUUAAGACGCUGAAGGAGGGGAAGUUCCGGUGGCAGAGCUAG